AUGCAACCGAGCAACCAGUGCAGUAAUACUCUUCGCGACGAGAACUUUUCGGUUUCAUCGCUUACAACUAAAUUACCUUUAAAAACCUCACUACUUCGUGCCUUCCAAUACAGUCUGCGGCACUCUCGGGCUGCAGCCAGGACGAGGACACCCAGAGCUGCCAGCAUCAGCCCACGUUUUCCUGGUGACCACCUGCGCUCCCGAGCCCGGCCGGCGGCUGUGCCCCGGCCGUGUUUCUCUCAGGGCGUGUGUCACCUUCGAAACCAAAAGCGACAAAAGCAGCGCCUCCUUUGCCUACGAGCACCCGCUAUGCGAGCGGCAGAAGCCGGGCUUGCAAAUUUUUUUCUCUUUGCUGUUCACUUUGCUGUCACGGGCGCCCCUUCCCUGGCUGGGAAGAGCCCUGUAACACAGCAGCAGCAGCAGCAGCAAAGCCGUCCCCGGCAUCCCGCCCGCUCCCCCGGCUGGCUGCGGGCGAAUCCCACGGCAAUCCCUCCCGGCGCUCCAGCGGGAGCUCCGCGCCCGGGCCGAGCUCACAGGGGGUGCAGGGCCCUGCGCUGCCCAGUCCCUGGAGAGCCGCUCACUCAGGCGGACGCAGCUCCCGGGAUCCUGCUCUGUGUCACAGGAGGUCAGGCGCAGAGGAGGACAAGGCAAAGCCCCACUCCCAGGCACCCAGCCCCUUGCCCAGCCGGCAGCAAGACCCGGCCCUCAGCGGGCAGUGGCGGCUCAGGCCUGCCCCUGUUGGACACUGAGGAGGAGGGGGCCUUUGCCAAUAUGGAACAAGAGUGGGAAUAUUACAUGCAUCAAGAGCUUUCCCAGUGCGGAGAUGUUACAAGCCAAGAGCUUUGCCUUUGGGAAGACAUGACAGUUCGAGAGUUUGACCAACAGCAAGAAGAGACAGUCCAGGGAGUUUCACCACACGGAGGAGUGAGACACCCAGAGAGGCAGCAGCAGGAGGAGCUGUCCGUAGAAGAAGUUGGUAGCCACCAUGAGCUGUCUGACUGGGAAGAAUACAGUGAGCAUAAGCUGUCCACUGGAGAUGUCGGAAGCUACCAAGAAGUGUCAGAUUGGGAAGAGUACAUUGGUCAAGAGCUUUCACAAGAGGAAGACUCAGUUGGCCAGAACGUGUCUAAAGAGAAUGAGAAGAGACCCUCCGUGGAGUCCAGAUGGGGAAGUGAUGGUGACCAAGACCUUGAGCAGGACAGCUGGAAACAGAACAUCGGGGCCAAGUCCUUGCUGCCAAAGGAGGACAAGAGGGAUGAGGCAACUGUCACUGAGCUCUGUGCAGACAAAGACAGACCGGCAGGUUUGGCAGGAAGCGGGUUCUUCAUGGCUGCCCCUCGCGAGGCUUGCGCUGAGCAUGGGGCAUCCAAGCCGCACUUCCUAGGGCUGCUCCGCACCUCGCCUGCCCAAGUGGAAGGCCUGGCCCGCAGAGGACACAGGCCCUCUCCUGCCCUCCAGAAGCAGGUGUCAGAGGCCAGGACACCAAGCCCAGUGCGUGCCCUGCGCAGCUGCCCCAGGCCCUCAGCUCCCCAGGCAGAAGACGAGGUCCUCAGCCAGCAGCAGGAACCCCAGAAGAAACGUCCCUCCCGCUUCAUGCAGGCGCUGUGCUGCCUGUUCCACUGGCUCUGCCUGGGGCCACAGCCCGAGGAUUAGGGCCCACUGCUGGCACCAGCGAGAUGAAGAAGCACUUAAGAAGAAAUAGUUAUAAUAACAAGAAAAGGAAGAAAAAAUAAUAAGAAGAAAUAGUAGUAGCAGUAGUAGUAGUAUAGGUAAUAAUUAUAAGUAGAGGCAUAGAAAGUAGAAGAAGAAGAAA